AAUGCUGAGUAAAUCUGAACUUGUCUUUUUCUUAUGUCCCAGUGUCCUAGUCUUUCCUAUUUCUAAACCUGUGUGGGAGGUAGAAUUUGUUUACAAGGCUGGCACUAUCCCACAUCGUAUUUCUAGCUGGUAACACUUUACAUAGUAGUUGCAAAAUAAUUUUAGUUUAGCAGAACAUUGCAUUAUGAUGCUAACAGGUUUGUCUUGCAGGAAAACGUUAUUCAAAGGUGGCAACUCUGCCAUAUUACCACAGUCAAAACAGAGCUGACAACAACAGAUGUAUUGAGACACAUAUAUACAUAGUACAAUUUUUAUAUGUAUGAACUGACUUUUUAAGGCUAUGCACACUGCUGAAAGAUUAAAAGAAAUGUAUGGACUAUUAAAUACGCAGAUGAAGUUACUACAUGAACAUUUUGCAGCCCAUUCUCUUCUACAUGUGGAAACAAAACAGAAUACUAUUUGGUUGGACUGUGGGCUCCAGGGGUACAUAAGAGUCAACAAAUCUCCAUCUGGUGCUCUUCGCUAAAAUCUUUAACUUACCUUUUAACAGUCCUCUCUUUUGAAAAGGUAAACAAAAAAAUCUCCAAUUACGUUUAUAGUGUCCUGAUAAACAAUUUACAUGGCAUAUGUUGAAAGAAAUGGAGAGAAAUUAGCAGUUCAAACAAAAGAGAUAUUUUUAUCCAUACAGUAGACUCAACAGUAUGACUAAUUAAUCUUUUUCUAGACUAAGAAAAGUAUUGAUAAGGCGUAUCAUAUAUUUGUAUCUACAAUACGGAAUAGACUUAUUUUGCUGCUUUGACUCAGAACAGAUUCAGGGCUUCCAAGCUGUUAUAUUAUUCUUAUUGUUACAAUUCUACAAAACAAUUUAAAAAAGCUACAUGAAGUCUUUUCAAAAGAAGCCUUUGAAACUAGUCGUGAAUCACCGCAGAAUCAUUACAUCGGUGUUCUUGGCUAAAUUUCUCUUCCCUUACUGUUAUGUCUUAUUGUAUGAGGGACAGCAGCAAUUUUUUCAAUGGCAGUAUAGUUUUUAGGAUCUUGUAGGAUGCCCACCCUGGGUGCGAGAAAUAAUGCCGAAUUGUAUUAUUUUAUUUCGUCUUUCACCCGCAACUGUUAAACAUCCUCAAUGUGAUUUUACACUUCCGCUCUAUUGCUGUAGGACGCUUUUGUCCUUCGGGCUUCACGUUGCAUGCCGCACUCCUGCACCUCCGGAGAGCGCCGAUCGGCAGGGCUACACCUUCAGGGAGGGCCCUUCGGCUACUUGCUGCGGCGGUCGCUGCAGCCUGCUUUGAGUGCAGGGCAGACGGAGGCGGGGCGGGGACGCGCUGAGGACUUUGCUUCUGCAAAUCCGCAUUCCCCACAUUCCAGCAGCGGGUGACGUCGGGGAUGGGAGGGGGCGGCUGUCAGCUCCGCUGCGGCAAAUGGCCCUUUCAAAUGGCCUUUUCCCCACCGCCCUCGUGGGGCAAGAGCCCGGCCCCAGAGCGCCUCUUAGCGCCCCAGUUCGCUGCUGGGAAGCAACAGUAACACAGCACGCAGCGGGGGUGGGGUAGAGGGAACUGCCGCCUUUCGCCCGGCAGAUGGAAGUCGCAGGCCAGGCGCGCGGCUAUGGGAGCGAGGCGGCCACGGGCCCGGUUUGCCCCUGCAGCAGGCCAGGGGUGCGGCAUCAGCAGAAUUAGGCGGGGGCGCCUCAGGAGCUCGAGGGAAGGUGACGGCGGGCCGGGGAUAGGCAGCUAGGCCACCCAGGGGAUCACACUGAGGGCUGGGCGCCCUGCACAAGGCAGGCGCAGACAGGGGCAGGGGCAGGACACUUGACCAGAAAGGGCCGAAAUGGGAGGGGGGAGGAGAGCCGGGCUGCACUGGGGCGGGGCCCCGCUAGAGGGCGUGUAACGACAACACUGACCCAGCGAGGGAGCGUGCGCGCGGGCUGGAAUUACGUGGGCUAAAGGGGUAGCGCGCGCGCGCGCGCCCCCUUCCCCCUCCCUCCCCACGAGUGCUCGCGCGAGGCGUCUCGCCCCGGCCAAUGGGGAGGCGGUGCUGUCGUUAACCCCUGGCUAGGCGGAGCGGAGAAUGCGGAGCAGGAAGCGCUGAGGUGAGGGGCUGUGGAAUCCGGCCCCCGCCGCCUCUUCCUCUCCUCGCUGUGGCAAGCCGCGGCCGGGGAGGCCUGUGAGGAGGCGACAGGCGUCUGGUGUCGCUGCCGCCGCCUUGGUCUCCGCCUUCCCCGGCCGGUGAGAGAAGCAGCCCGCGCGACAGCUGAGGAGGCCGGGAGCAGAGGCGGCUCAGGAAGCGCUCCGGAGAUGAUGCCGAUGAUAUUAACUGUGUUUUUGAGCAACAAUGAGCAAAUUUUGACAGAAGUUCCAAUUACACCGGAAACAACCUGUCGAGAUGUUGUGGAGUUCUGUAAAGAACCUGGUGAAGGAAGUUGUCAUCUGGCUGAAGUGUGGCGUGGAAAUGAACGCCCUAUACCCUUUGAUCAUAUGAUGUAUGACCAUCUACAAAAAUGGGGACCCCGCAGGGAAGAGGUGAAAUUUUUUCUUCGGCAUGAGGAAUCUCCAGCUGAAAGCAAUGAACAGAGUGGACGUCAGACUCAGAAUCAAAGAAAUGGAAUAAAUAUACCUGUGGAGAAACGUACAGAGAAUGGGGUUGGGAAUCCACGUGUUGAACUCACACUUUCAGAACUUCAAGAUAUGGCUGCCAGACAACAGCAACAGAUUGAAAACCAACAACAAAUGUUGGUUGCUAAGGAACAACGUUUACGUUAUCUGAAGCAGCAAGAGCGCCGUCAGCAGCAGUCUAUUUCUGAGAGUGAAAAGCUUCAAAAACUUAAAGAACGAGUGGAGACCCAGGAAUUAAAGUUGAAAAAAAUCCGUGCCAUGAGAGGACAAGUCGACUACAGCAAGAUCAUGAAUGGCAAUCUGUCUACUGAAAUUGAGCAUAUCAGUGCCAUGUUCCAGGAAAAGCAGCAGGAGUUACAAGCUGCAGUGUUAAAAGUGGAUCAGCUAACUCAACAAUUGGAGGAUUUAAGGAAAGGGAAAUUGAAUGGAUUCCAGACUUAUAAUGGACAGAUGUCAGGACCUGCAGCUGUGGAAUUAAAGAAGUUGUACCAAGAACUACAGAUUCGUAAUAGGCUUAACCAGGAGCAGAACUCCAAGCUUCAGCAGCAGAAAGAACUGUUAAACAAACGUAACAUGGAGGUGGCUAUGAUGGACAAGCGAAUCAAUGAGCUACGUGAGCGACUAUACAAGAAAAAAGUUGAGGCACGUCAAAAAGAAAACAUUCCUUUAAAUCGUAUUAAUGGAACAUCAUCACCACAAUCAUCUCUCAGUGCUUCGGGAAGAGUAGCAGCAGUGGGGCCUUACAUCCAAGUUCCUAGUGCUGGCAGUUAUGCUGUGCCAGUAGAUCCAGUGAAACCACAGUCUCUCACUAUUUCUCCAAGUGUGACUCAUGGAAGAUCUAAAUCUGAUGAUGGUAAUAAAAAUAAGGUGCACGGUUCAUGGAGAAUGUCAGAUCUUGAUGUCGGUCCUGACUACAGCACUUCCUGGCAUGCUGCAAACUCUGAAAAGCAGUUUCUGGACUCUAAUGAUGGAAACUGGCCAACACUUAAACAGAGUUCAGCACCCGUGGCAAAACCACCUCAGAUCUCCAAUGCAGACUGGAAGGAAUCAAGCAUGGAUACUGCUUUAAAACAAGGAACUGUAUCCAGUCAGCCUUUGCCAUCUUCAGUAUUAGGAAGUACUGAUAAGCUGGGUCUUGAUAUAGGGAAAGUGCCACCUACCAUCCCUGGUGUAAGUAAGCAGUUGCCUCAAAACUAUGGAACCUAUCCAAGCUCUGUUCCAUUAGGAACAUGUUCUACAAAUUCACUGGAAAGGCGGAAGGAUGGCAGCCUACCAAGACCUGGCUCCAGUAUAACAAAUCGGCAAAGACCUAUUCCAUUACCACCAUCAAGCAAUAUACAUCAGCCUAGUUCAUCACAGCAAAUACAGCAGAGAAUUUCUGUACCACCUAGCCCUACAUAUCAGCCUUCUGGUCCCUCCUUAUUUCCUGGUGGAGAUGGCCGGCCUGAGCUCCCUUUAACUGUAGCUAUCAGGCCUUUUUUAGCUGAUAAAGGAUCAAGGCCUCAGUCUCCAAGAAAAGGACCACAAACAGUGAACUCCAGUUCCAUCUACUCAAUGUAUCUUCAGCAAGCAACACCACCAAAGAACUAUCAACAAGCUGUAUACAAUACUCUAAAUAAAUCAGUAAAAGCAGUUUAUGGAAAACCUGUCUUACAGUCUGGGUCAACCUCUCCUUCGCCUUUACCAUUUCUUCAUGGAUCUUUGCCCGCCCACACAUCACAGCCACAGUCUCAGCCUCAGACCGAGUUCACUGAAAAAGAUCAAGAGCUGGAAAACGUUCCACCAUCAGGUGAAAAUAGCAAUGUGGAAAACAUUCCUCGACCUCUCAGUCCUACUAAGCUUACACCUAUAGUGCAUUCACCCCUACGAUAUCAAAGUGAUGCUGAUCUUGAAGCUCUUAGAAGAAAAUUAGCCAAUGCUCCUAGGCCAUUGAAGAAGCGUAGCUCAAUCACUGAACCUGAAGGUCCCAGUGGACCGAAUAUACAGAAGUUAUUGUACCAGCGCUUUAAUACACUUGCGGGAGGAAUAGAAAGUGCUCCUUUUUAUCAACCAAGCAAUCCACAGGAGCUUAUAGGCAACUUGGCAGAUGUUGAUAAUGGAAACACUAGCACCAAUGGCAAUAUUGAAGAACCUAUUUCUGUGCAACCAAUAGUUGCUGUUCCUGAUGAACCUCCUCCUUCAUCAGAUGCCAAUGAUAAUGAAUUGCCUUCUCCUGCCACUGAGGAACAGAUUAGCACUGAAACCACUAACCAAACAUCUGAGACAACUGAAGACAAUAAUAACAAUCCUGCAGUAGUCCCUUCCACUGAUCAGUCACCAAGUCCCAUACCUGAUGUCAGCUCCCCAAUAGAAGAUGAAGUCCCUGUGCCACCAGCUGUUCCUCCUCCACUUCCUCUAACUAAACGUACCAACCUGAAGAAACCUAACUCUGAACGAACUGGUCAUGGUUUGAGGGUAAAGUUCAACCCGUUAGCGCUCCUGCUUGAUGCUUCUUUGGAGGGAGAAUUUGAUCUGGUACAAAGGAUCAUUUAUGAGGUUGAUGAUCCCAGCAAACCUAAUGAUGAAGGAAUUACCCCUUUGCAUAAUGCAGUGUGUGCUGGCCAUCACCACAUUGUAAAGUUUCUGCUUGACUUUGGUGUAAAUGUGAAUGCAGCAGACAGUGAUGGAUGGACUCCUUUGCAUUGUGCAGCUUCUUGCAAUAGUGUUCAUCUAUGUAAACUACUUGUAGAAUCCGGGGCAGCAAUUUUUGCUUCAACUAUAAGUGAUAUAGAAACUGCUGCAGACAAGUGUGAGGAGAUGGAGGAGGGUUAUAUUCAGUGUUCCCAGUUUUUGUACGGAGUACAAGAUAAGUUGGGAGUCAUGAACAAAGGAGUUGUGUAUGCUCUAUGGGAUUAUGAAGCCCAGAAUAAUGAUGAGUUGUCAUUCCACGAAGGAGAUGCCAUUACUAUUCUGAGACGCAAGGAUGAUAAUGAAACAGAUUGGUGGUGGGCUCGCCUGAACGAUAAAGAAGGCUAUGUACCUAAAAAUCUUUUGGGGCUAUAUCCAAGAAUAAAACCUAGGCAGCGAACCCUUGCUUGAAUUCAGCUGUUUGGCAGUGCACUACCUUGCUGGUAACCCACACUGGAGUCAUCUUUUUGUAUCAUUUCAACUGGAGAAAUAAAAUUAUAAUCUGAUUUGUAAUGGUGCUCUCUCUUGUUAAUAGACAGGCAAGGGUUUAAGAUUCUGCAAUUUGUAAAUGAAGACCAUUCCGUGUAACUUAUUACUGACUGGAAGAGGUACUUACAGUCUACAGUAUUUUGUCAACUUUAAAUACCAAAAAUACUCUUAUAGAUGGAAGCUUAUUGUGUUAUGUUCACAAAUGUCAUUUGCAAAUUGCAGAUGUGCUGUCUGGUCUGGUCCCACAAUAACUGUCCCAUGUGUCAAGAUUUUGGAUUUUCUGACACCCCUGAAUGUAGAGUUUACUGACUUAACACCAUGUGUGCUGCAAAGCCUUUCACAUGCUAAGUUCAUAAGCAGUCACUAAGGCUCUAUGGUUUAGAACUAUUAGAACAUUAGUUAAUAUAUCUAAAUCCUAGUUUAGGGCCUAGUCAAUAUACAGACUUAAGUCAACUUAGCUAUAUUGGUCAGGGCUGUGAACAAUUUUCCAUCCUCUGACAGGCUGACCUAACCCCUCCCGUAAAUGUAGCUAUUGCCUCAGAGGUAAUAUACCUACAGCAGUAGAAAAACCUCUUCCCUUGCUGGAGGAAGCAUCAUGGCAGCACAUCUGCAGUGUUGUAGCUGUAUCACCAUAGUGUCAAUACCUUUUACAAAGCCCACACAGAAGCUUUAGAGAUGCUAGAAUCUAGAUCUUGUUUGCAUUUAAUGACAAGCUAAAAAAAAAAUCAGAACAGUAUUUGUAUACUUCUCAAACCCCCUACACUAAUUAACAUGUUCAUUUCCACAAGUUUUACCUCUUAAGUUACAGGUCCCACUAACCUGUGAACUUGUCUGUUUGGAACAAAAGAACAUUUAACAGUGGAUUUGCUAUCAGAUUUAAAGGAUUUGUAUGUGUGCAUGGAUGAUAGUGCAAUAGUUGAGAAGGGUAAGAGUGUACUUAACUUGUUAUCAGACUAAGUAAUCUGAAGUCUGAGUAGUUGAAGGACUAAAUUAUGGAGAGUGAGUUAUGCUAAUAUUGAGAAUCAAAGAGAGGAAGAGAAACAGGAUUGAGAGAAAGAUUUGAGAAUGGCAAUAGUUUACUAUUUUGGUAAGGAUUGUUUCUGUGGUUCUUGGCAGCCCUACACCUAUUGCCAGGGUGAGUUAUGCAAUAACCUUUCCACUACAUUGUUGUUUCAAGCAAAAAAGCACUUCACUGGAGUUAAUUGUACAUGGUUUUAUAUACCAGAAAUAUAUUUUGAAUUUCUUGUAAGUUGUAGCCAUGUGUUUUGAAUUUUUCUUCCAUUAAAGUAUAGGCCAGUUGGCUUUAACUCUUCAAGUGUAAGUCUUGUGUAUAAUUUAUGGAAUGCUGUAAUUUGCUUUUACCACCAUUUAAUAUUAAUUGUAUAUAUUGUGGUGAUGAAAAGUGAAAGGGUAUUGUUAAAGAACAUUUACUACAUGAGCGUGACAAUUUCAAGAGCCUAUGAUACACUAAUCCAGAGAAUAUGUAAAUGUGCAUAAUAAAAUACUGUUACAGCA